AUGCUCAGCAGAGCAUCAGCACUCACUUCAGACAUAUUUGCGGCGGGAAAAUCCGACAAAGAAAUACUAGACAACCUGCUGAAAAAUUCCCGCUAUGACAAAAGACUGCUACCACCAGUAGACGGUGUCCUCACGGUAAAUGUUAGCGUGCUACUCCUUAGCUUAGCCUCUCCGGACGAAUCUAGUCUUAAAUACGAAGUGGAAUUCUUACUUCAACAACAGUGGUACGAUCCUCGGUUGCGAUACUCCAACCAAUCACAUUACGACUUUUUAAACGCUAUCCAUCAUCACGAGGAUAUCUGGCUCCCGGAUACUUACUUUAUAAUGCACGGCGACUUUAAGGACCCGAUAAUACCAAUGCAUUUCGCUUUGCGUAUUUAUCGCAAUGGUACCAUUAACUAUUUGAUGCGACGACACCUCAUCCUAUCUUGUCAGGGGCGGCUCAACAUUUUUCCAUUUGAUGACCCAUUGUGUUCAUUUGCCUUAGAAAGUAUAUCCUACGAGCAAUCGGCGAUAACGUACGUGUGGAAGAACGACGAGGACACGCUACGGAAGUCACCCUCGUUGACGACUCUCAAUGCGUACCUCAUCCAGAACCAAACCAUUCCCUGCCCUAUAAAAGCCAGUUGGAGAGAGUGUAAGAAUUUAUUAACGUCUUUGCAAGCAGCUGAGGGUAAUUCGCUUUACGAAGAAGACGAAGAGUUGACAUGUAACCUUUGCCAGAGACGCUUUGAGGAGCAAGGUAACUACAGCUGUCUAAAGGUCGACUUAAUAUUUACUAGAGACCGUGCGUUCUACUUUACGACUGUAUUUAUCCCCGGGAUUAUUCUGGUCACCUCCUCCUUCAUCACGUUUUGGCUGGAAUGGAACGCGGUACCAGCCCGUUCCAUGAUAGGUAAUUAUAGCUGCCUUGAAGUGAAUCUUAUCUUCACGCGGGAUAGAUCAUUUUACUUCACCACAGUUUUCAUUCCGGGAAUUAUUUUGGUGACUUCUUCGUUUAUUACUUUUUGGCUGGAAUGGAACGCUGUACCUGCUAGAGUAAUGAUAGGUGUAACGACCAUGUUGAAUUUUUUCACUACAUCGAACGGCUUCAGAUCAACAUUACCGGUCGUGUCAAACCUCACUGCUAUGAAUGUGUGGGACGGCGUGUGUAUGUGUUUUAUCUACGCGUCACUACUUGAGUUCGUAUGUGUUAACUACGUCGGAAGAAAACGACCCCUACACAACGUCGUUUAUCGACCUGGCGAAAACCCCGUAACGCAGCGACUGCCUGCAGUCCUCAGCAGAAUUGGCAUUAUACUGGCCAGCCCCUUGGAGGCGAUGGCAUUCCUUCAGUGGGCAAAGACAGAGAUGCCUCAGCCGGAGUGUAGCGGCGCUGGUGAUAAAAAGCGAGAGUCGACAGGUGGAGCGGACCUUGUAUCGUGUACAGCGUGUGCUCCCGGCUCUUGCACCCAUACCGCCAACAAUGGCGGUGUCUCCGAGCCAUGUUUCGUCCAGGUUCGCAAAAAAGAACCACCGCAUCCGAUCCGCGUGGCGAAGACCAUCGACGUGAUCGCGCGGAUCACAUUCCCUACUGCCUACGCCGUGUUUCUCAUCUUCUUCUUCAUUCACUAUAAAGCGUUCUCUUAA